AUGUCUACUGGGAAAGGUUCAGGUUCAGGUUCGCGAGUAGGUCGUCUUCAAUUUAAACAGAGACUCAUAUCACCGUCAGCAAAACAAAUUUCUACUCCAGAAUUAUUGAAACGACUAAAGAGUUUAUUUGGAGAAAUUUCUAGAACAGAACAAGAAGAGAUUGACGUGGAAUCUCUUAGGAGCGUUACUCGCGACCUCAUACAUUCUAGUCUUAUUAAACAUAAAGAUAGAGGAGUAAAAGUUUACGUUGCGUGUUGUGUAUCGGAUUUACUAAGACUUUACGCACCUGAUGCACCGUACACUGAUUACGAACUCAGAAAUAUAUUUGAUUUAUUUGUUCGUCAACUUCAAAAUAUUGGUAACAUAAAUGGUCCUUAUUAUGACCUUUAUUUUCAUUUACUUGAAAAUUUGGCAAGAGUAAAGAUAGUUUUGUUGAUAUUGGAUUUACAAAAUCAUGAAGAACUCUUAAUUGAGUUGUUUCGUAAUAUAUUUGAUGUUAUCAGACAGGGAAUGUCAACGGUUGUUCAUUCACAUAUGGUGGAUAUUCUUGAACAAUUAAUAAAUGAUAGUCAAGAAGCUCUUCCACAAGAAUUGGCAAGUGAAGUUUGUAAAGCCUCAACGGAUAAACUUCAAAGAUAUAUUUGUCAAUAUUUUACUGAUGUAAUUGUCGCUGCCGGAAAAUCAGGAGCACCUGCCGAAGAAUUGAAUGAUUUUAAAACUGCUCAUGAGUUAAUUAAAGAAUUAAACCGAAUAGCACCUGGAUUAUUACUUAACGUUAUACCACAAUUGGAAGAAGAAUUAAAAUUGGAUGACUUGAACCUUCGCAUGCUUGCCACUCAAGUUCUUGGAGAAAUGUUUUCCGAAAAGAAUUCCACAUUAGCUAGUCGUUAUGAUAAUGUUUGGAAGAUGUGGUUACUUAGGCGUAACGAUAAAAUAGCUGAUGUUAGAUGUGCUUGGACCGAAUAUUGCCUUCCUAUAUAUAUUAAUCAUCACGAAUUGGCUAAGCAAAUUAAUGAGGCUAUUAUCUCCAAGAUGUCGGAUCCUGAUGAUAAAGUUCGUAUCACUGUGUGUAAAGUUUUUAGUCAAUUAGAAUAUGAGUGUGCAUCUAAACUUGUAGAAAAAGAAUUAUUUGUUGAAUUAGCUAAGCGUUGUCGUGAUCGUAAACACGGUGUUAGACAAGAGGCAAUAAAAGCUCUAGCUCGCUUAUAUAAUUUGGCAUACAUGGAAAUUGUUGAUCAUGAUGCAAGUGCAAUCGAAAAGUUUGGAUGGAUUCCUUCAGAGAUAUUGAAUACUUUAUACACCAACGACAAUGAAAUCAUAGCGUGUGUUGAGAAGGCUUUACAUGAUGAGAUACUUUCACCUUCAAACGAUGAUUCGAUUCGUAUGGAAAGAUUACUUGUUGUUUUUGAGUCACUUGAUGCAAAAGCAAAGAAAGGAUUUUUUUCAUUAUUUCAAAGACAACGAGAUUUGUGUGAUAGAUAUAAAGAAGAUAUGGCAAAUAAUGAUAGCGAAAAUUUUACUAAUGUUUUAAAUCAAGUUGUUCAACGAAUUUCGGAUAAAUUACCUGAUCCAUUGAAAUCUGCCAAUCAUCUCUCUUCUUUCCCUAAACUCUAUGAUUCUGGUGUUUAUAAAAUGAUAAGAGAUUGCAUGAAUCCGCUUUCUGAUUGGAAGACCGUAAAAAAAUCUGCUGAAGAAGUCCUUAAACGUAUCGAACAAAAUUCUAAUUCUUCGUUAGAAACUUUUUCAAUACUUAUUCGUAGAAUCAGCAUGGCUAUUAUAAAUAGGGACUUGGUACCUUUACUUGUAUCUAAAAUAAAAUCAUCGGAUUCUAAUGUCGCGCAUGAAUUAUUUCAGGAUAUCUCAUCUCGAUUUCCUGCUAUAUUUAAACCUCACCUUGAUGAGCUGAAAAAAUCAAUCACUGAUAACGAAAAUCCAUUAAUAGUUGAGGAUAGCUUACAGGCUUUCUCCAAAUUAUCUAUUGCUUCUCCUGAUGAAAUACCUCAAGAUCGAGAAUUUGUACGUCGCUUUAUGGAUUAUGCACUUGAAGGGUCUCCACGUCAAGCCAAAUUCGCUGCAAUAAUAUUGGGUCAUGUUCGUUAUAGGGAAAAUAUCUGUAGGGAUUUAUUGAACGAGAUAAUUCCUAAACUUUCACUUGACACACCACACCUUUUGGCAAAUCUCUCUGCACUUAGUCAAUGCGUUUUGUAUUCUCCCGAGACUUUUGACGAAAAAGAAGUGGCUAUCACGGAUUUUAUACUCAUGUUACUUACGACGAAUCCAACCCAAGAAUCCAACAUUGAUUGGGUCGACGAUGAUGAUCUCAGUGAUGAAUUCAAAGCUAAGAUAUUGGGAUUAAAAGUUCUUGUUAACCGUUUGUUAGCACCAAAGGCAGCUGCAGAUUUGGCUAAGAAAGUCUUCAAAUUACUUUGGACUUUAAUAAGAGAAGGUGGUGAACUUCUCAAAGAUAAAUCUACUAGUCUAUCUCUUCAGAGUCGAUUACGUUUGGCUGCAAUGCGUUCUGUAUUGAAGCUUGCAACCCAAGAAAUUUAUGAUUCAAUGAUUUCUAUUGCUGAUUUUCAAGAGCUUGCUUUGAUGAUACAAGAUCCCUGUUACCAAGUACGGUUGGCGUUUGCCUCGCGACUUGUUAAAUAUUGUGGUGGACAUCGAUUGAGUUCUCGAUAUUUGUCUAUAUUCUUUUUGAUCGCACAUGAUCCUAUGAAUGAUAUACGUGAAAUGGUUAAAGUUUUUUUGAUUAGGCAGUCACGAGAAAAAAAAAUAAUUCGUAAUAGAAACUCAGUACCUAUAGAAAUGUCAUUAGUUCGUUUAAUAUAUAUUCUUUCACAUCAUCCUGAUUUUUCCCGUGAACCAAAAGUUCUUAGUGAAUUUGUAGUAUAUAUUGAUUUCUUUUUGGAAACCAUUGCAAAUUCGGAAAAUAUAUCUUUUCUAUUACAUAUUUCCGGACGACUAAAACAAGUAAACGAUGAACAGUCUUUGGAUCAAUGCGAGAAUUUAUGUACAUUGAGUGAUAUAACUCAAUAUCUUAUAAGAGCAAAGUGCAAAUCAAAUUCGUGGGCUUUACCCGCGUAUCCAGGACAAGUCGAAUUACCAUCUGACUUAUUUAAGAAUAUAUCCAGUCCUGAAGUUAUUGCCGAGAUUACGAAAAAAAAUUACAUUCCAAAUGAAUUUCUUAAAGAACUUGAAAAAACUCAUUCUUCAACACAUCAUAAAAGUGAAAAGCACAAAGCAAAUAAAAAAUCACGUAAAAAGUCUUCUACAAGUCAGUCGUCAUCAAAGAGACGCAAGUUUGGGGCAGAUGCUCCAGAGACAUCACAGUCUGCGACCCGAAAGACUGCGCCUAGAGCGGCGAAGUCAAAAAUCAAGUCUAUGGCAGAUAAUAAUGUAUUAUCUGAAGAACACGAGGAUGAAUCAGAUGAAAUGGAUGAGUGGAAACAGAAAGAAGCAUCAUCCUCUAUCAAAGAGAAUAUUGACAAUAUUGACAAUGAAAUAACUCAACGAUGGAUCGGAAAAAUUACAGAAUAUAUUCUUGAUAUUCUCAAAGAAAUUUGA